AUGUAUAGACGAUCUGUUGGAGUACUAUUUGUUGGGAGAAAUACAAGAUGGAUUUCGUCCACUAUUAGGUGUGGAACGAGCGCAACUCGGCCAAUAAGAUCCAAUGCAUUGAAUACUGAUUCAGAUAACGCUAGCGUUAGGGUACCAGUUGGAAAUUCAACUGAGGUUGAAAAUGCAACCAGUCAGUUAACAGGGACUUCGGGAAAAAGACGCAAGGGGAACAGAAAAAGAAUUACAGAGUUCAAAGAUGCUCUUAAUUUGGGUCCAUCUUUUGCAGAUUUUGUUUCAGGUAAAGCUUCGAAAAUGAUCUUGGACCCUCUGGAGAAGGCAAGGCAAAAUACAGAGGAAGCUAAAAAACUACCUCGUUGGCUUAAGGUUCCUAUUCCUAAGGGUACCAAUUACCAUAAAUUGAAAGGCGACGUAAAAGAAUUAGGCCUGAGUACUGUUUGUGAGGAGGCAAGAUGUCCCAAUAUUGGUGAAUGUUGGGGAGGCAAAGAUAAAUCUAAGGCAACGGCAACAAUUAUGCUGCUUGGUGAUACUUGCACUCGUGGAUGUAGGUUUUGUUCUGUGAAGACCAAUAGAACGCCUAGUAAGCCGGACCCAAUGGAGCCCGAAAAUACUGCCGAAGCUAUCAAAAGAUGGGGGUUGGGUUAUGUUGUUUUAACUACCGUUGAUAGGGACGAUUUAGUCGAUGGUGGUGCUAAUCACCUGGCCGAGACGGUUCGCAAAAUCAAACAGAAGGCACCAAAUACUCUUGUAGAGACUCUUUCUGGUGAUUUCAGAGGUGAUUUGAAGAUGGUGGACAUUAUGGCACAAUGUGGGCUUGAUGUUUACGCACAUAAUUUGGAAACAGUUGAAUCACUAACACCACAUGUCAGAGACAGAAGAGCUACUUAUAGACAGUCUUUGAGUGUUUUAGAAAGGGCAAAAGCUACGGUUCCGUCACUGAUUACUAAAACAUCAAUAAUGCUGGGUCUAGGAGAAACUGAUGAGCAAAUUACUCAAACUUUGAAGGAUUUGCGCAAUAUUCAAUGUGAUGUUGUUACAUUUGGUCAAUAUAUGAGGCCAACCAAGAGACAUAUGAAAGUCGUAGAAUAUGUGAAACCCGAAAAGUUUGACUACUGGAAAGAGAGAGCUUUAGAGAUGGGAUUCUUGUAUUGUGCAUCUGGACCCCUAGUAAGAUCGUCAUAUAAGGCUGGUGAAGCAUUUAUUGAGAACGUUUUGAAGAAAAGAAACAUGAAAUAA